GGAGUUUCCGUUCUUUCUCUCCUUUUUUUUUCUCCUCCCCCCCUUGAAGAGACAGACGAGCGUGUUGGCGUCAGGGUCCAGUGCUGCCAGCCUGCCGUGUCAUUGUGCUCCGUGGGGGAAACGCGUGGUCAGCACAGCAGCAGCAGCAGCUCCGUGGGCUCCUUCACUGCAGCGUUUCUGGUACCUGGUGGUGUGCAACACUGGUCAUGGAGACAGAGAAAAGUGAGGUUCCAGACAUUCCAGAAGCUCAAAAUCAAGAGGCGGCUGUAAUGGAACCAGAGGAAAAACCGGAGGCAGCGGUGGCGCCCGCCGAGCCUGAGAACCCACCAGCUGCUGUGGGAGAAGCGGACCAGCUGGCGGCGAACGGUCAUGCAGCAGAGGUGGCGUGCGCUCAAGAAACGGAACAGCCAGCUGUGGCAGAAAACGCCACCCAGGAAAAUAAAGACGUGGUGGAAGACGGCGCGGAAAAACCAGAAGAGGAGCCGGUACCCUGUGCGGCGGCACCGGCAGAAUCAGCCGAGUCAUCAGAAAAGGCCUCUGACCCAGCUGCGGCUUUAGACACAAAACCAGAAAGCCCCGAACGCCAGCCUGUGCCAGCGAAUAACCCAGAGCCUGUCCAGGCCCAUCUGGCAGCGGGUGCCCCUGAAUCCGAGCCAGAGAAGCCAGCAGAAACGACACCCCAACCAGCGGCGCAGAGCCCAGUCGAGGCGGAACCAGAGCAGGCGGAACCAGAGCAGGCGAAGGCCGAGAGCGAAAUGCCCGCCAUAGUGGAGACGAGAGAAGAAGCGGUUCCAGAAACCGCGGCGCCGACUGAAGCGUCGCCUAAGAAGUCUGCAGAGGCGGCGGCCGUGGAGAAGGAGCCAUCAGGCCCGAGUGGGGAGCCGGUUCAGGCGGAGGUGACCGCCGACAAACCCGAGCCCGUUGUUCCUGAGGAGCCGGCGGUAAAAGCUGAAGCUGUUGAGUCUGUCCAGGUAGAACCAGAGGCUCAGAAGGAAAAAGAUCCGGCCCCUGCGCCCGGUUCACUUUCUUUUCCCCUCCUGGAACACGAGGAAACCAAAGCCGCCCUGCGAAUCUCUCGCACGCUCGUCGUCCUCAGGGGCCUCCCCGGAAGCGGCAAAAGCUUCCUGGCGCGCGCGAUCGCCGACGCCUACAAAGACCAGUGCUCCGUUUUCUGCGCCGACGACCACGGCGUGAAGCCCGACGGCCCCUCCGCCGACGGGUACAAGGCUCUGGACGAGGCCGUCGUGGCGCGCUGCGGCGACGGCGCCUCCUCCGCCGUGCUGAUCGUCGUAGACGACACCAACCACGCCCACGACCGGCUCGCCCGCCUGGGAGAGAUCGCGAAGGAGCACCAGCUCGUCGUCGUGUUCCUGGAGCCGCAGACCGAGUGGAGCCGAGACCCGAGUCGGCUGAAGCAGAAGAGCGGCCGCGGGCUGGAGGAGGCCCGCCUGCUGGAGAUGAAGGCUCCCCUGGAGGAGACGUCCCUCCCUCUUUACUUUGGCUGGUUCCUUCUGUCUCCAGUGCAGGUCAAGAUCGGGUGCACCGCCAUGGACUUCCUGAAGACGCUGGACACCUUGGAAGCCUUCAAAAAGCACAUAGCUGACUUCACAGGAGAAGCUGAGAAGGAGGUGGACCUGGAGCAGUACUUCCAGGCCAAAAGAUCCCUGCACUGCACCACAAAGUUCUGCAACUAUGGAAAAGCAGACGGUGCAGCAGAGUAUGCAAAGAAUCCAGUGGUGAACAAGUCCUACGGCUCUGUGUCCGAGCUCUCCCUGACCGCGCUCUUCGUCACGCCCCGCACCGUCGGCGCCAGGGUGUCCCUCACCGAGCAGCAGCUCCAGCUUUGGCCCGCCGACGCGGAAAAGGAGCCGGAGGCCGCCGUCCCCGGGUCCGCCGCCCUGCCCGCCGGAAGCCGCGCCCACGUCACGCUGGGGUGCGCGGAGGGCGUCCAGCCGGUCCAAACGGGCCUGGACCUGCUCCAGAUCCUGACCCUACCGCAGGGCGAGGUGGUGGAGGAGAUGGAGCUCGGCUCGCUGCGCUAUUACGGCGAAGGACGGUGGAUGCUGAGCCUCAGGGAGCCCAUCUGCGCCGCCGCUUGCUUCUCCAGCUUCUAUGGAUCCAAGGAGGUGGAGGUGGAGGCGGCUAAAAAGGAGCCGGAGAAGAAAAAGAAGCCAAAGUGCUCCAUACUGUAGAUGCAAACGGGCGUGUCAGGGGGCGUGGUUGGUGAAUUAAAACUUAGGCUUACUUUGUGAAAGGUUGGUGUGUUUGUGCAGCAUUUAGGGUCCCACUUAUAGCCCCCCUAAAGCCACAAGCUAUGUGCCUUUUUUAAUGUUUUGCACCACAACCCAAGAUGCCUUAGACGGUCCUGCUAUCUGUUCAGUAUUUUUCUCCUCACUCAGUCCUGUUUAGCGUAGUCUCCUUCCACAGCGUAUUUAAACACGUAGGCGUUUGUCCUCCAUAGGCCAACGCUCAGACACACUAGGUACUCUGACUGCAUGCAUCACUGGAUGUCUGUACCAAUGAAUUACUCUUAUUACAAAGACAGCGUCUCCUUUUCCCGUAGUUUCAUAAUCCUACAACAUGUUCGUGCCACCCUGGAAGUAAUAGUGAUUUAGCUUCUGGACCAAAGUUGCGCAUUAAGUGUUGGAUUCAUUGUCGGUUGUAGAGAUUCUUCCUUGUAACAUCUGUGCCCUGCGCUCAGUUUCAGAGGGAGAAUGCUGAUAAACUUGGCAUUUGUUUCCGCAGCUUGCACUUGUUACUUAUGAAAUGCUGUGAAUCUAAGCCAACGUUUUGCAAUCUUUUCUACUGCGCAAUGCUCUUCUAUUUUUUUUUUUUUUUUUUUUAAGGGCACUUCCUUGUACUGCUUUUUGAUUUGAAUGCUGUAGCUGUAAUUGUCCUGAAGGGUAUUUUUGCACUUGUUUUGUACACUCAAUAAAAGGAACGUGCUUUGC